AUGUUCAGUCAGUGGGCUCUGAUCAUCCUCCUGGGUUGCCGCCUAGCAAACGCCGUCGAGUUCGUCAACCCUCGGGCCCCCCUCGUCACUGGCAACCUUGCAGCACGGCAGGGAUAUAUGUGUUCCGCGGAUGAGAUGCUCUGUGUGGAUGGCGGAUGUUGUCCAUCCAGCGCACCGUGCACAAACUUUAUGGGGAGGAACAAAUGCAAACAGGUGUGCUACGAACCUGACUGCGGAGACGGUAUUUGCUGCGGUCUCGGAUAUGAAUGCCCACCCCCUGGCGGGCACAUUUGUACCCAAAUCGUCGGGUUCUCCGAUUUCUCCAUACCGACUCUGCCGCCGGUUUCUUCUUUCAAUCCCGGUGGACCGAUCGUUACAUCUGAGCCUCCGUUCGCUAUGCCGGGAGGACCUACCUCCUUGCCAGCAAUUGAUUCAACACUGGGGUUGCCUACGGAUUCGACUGCAAGAAGUUCAUAUGCUGGUGCGGCGUGGCCGACGACUUCUUCUCAAAUGGCCAGCCCGCUAUCGCCAGGACAGGAUUCUUGGAUGGUAUGGGUGUGUGCGUGGGUGAUUGGGUUGCCUUUCGUCGUGUAA